ACUGGCGGGAAGUACGGUGUCGCUGAUUGGUUUAUUUUAUAUACCACGUGAGACGUUUAUAUUGAGCAUCUAGAAGAAAAAGGCGGCUAUACGACCUAUAUAGCACAAAGAAGGAUCAAGUAAACAUCAAAUUUCAAUCACCAAAUCAACAGAAAAUGGGUCGUCCUAAAGUUGAUGGUAGGCCAGGUGGAAAGAAGGCUAAAGAUCCAAACAAGCCAAAACGAGCAACCUCUGCAUAUUUCUACUACCUUGCACAUUGUCGUGAAGAGGCAAAGAAACAAGGCCGGUCUAUAUCAAAAAUUGCAGAAUUCACAAAGGAAGCAUCUGAGAAAUGGAGGAAUCUUAACGGUAAAGAAAAGCAGGAAUUUGAAAGCAAAGCAGCCGCAGAUAAACAGAGAUAUGACAGAGAGAUGCAACAAUAUGGAGGUGGUCGAGGAAAACAAGCAAAGGAUCCAAAUGCACCAAAGAAGCCCUUAACUGGCUAUUUCUUGUUUUUAGCCGAUUUCAGAAUAAGACACAAAGGCAGGGACAUCCAAAACAAAGAUUUACUGAAAAUGGCUGGUGAGGAAUGGCGUGAAAUGGAUGAUUCACAGAAAAUGCCAUAUGAAAAGAAGAGCCAAGAAGAACAGAAAAAAUAUGAAGUAACAAUGGCAGCUUACAGACGUGGUGGUGCUGCAGCAAAUGGAGCAGGAGCUGCUGUAGAUGAUGAAGAAGAUGACGAUGAGGAGUAUGAAGAUGAUGAUGAAUAGACUUUGUGACUAUCUUAUUGUUGUGAUCAGAUUUGUAAAGCCAUGUGGUGAAUCAGUACGUUUCAGACUUCAAACACGACCAAACAACAUUCAGUAUUUUGGAAUUCAUUUUGUGAAGUCUGCACGAUUUUUGUAACAAAAAAGAAAGUCGAGUAGUGAAUUACAAAUCUGAAUGCAUUUUAAUACAAGACCUAUCAUUCGUUGUCUUUUCUUGAGACAAAAAAUAAAGAGUUUUAUACGGUUGUUCAAGCACAAUCGAGCACCAAAGAUCAUUGGCGAGACCCGUGAACAAAUCGAGGAAAAUAACAGAUUCUGUAACAAUAAGUAAAUGAAGGAGCUCUGUGGACUCCAUAUAUUAAGCACUUGACUUGUGAAUAAAAUAAAAGAUGUUUUACCUCAAGUGUAACGUGACUUACAAUUUUACAAUUCUAGACAUGAUUGUGCAUUAGUAUCACAGUCAUUGGAUCAUUUGUAUUUUGUCAUUGAUAUUGUCCUCCAUUUCUCAUUCACCAUUUUUUUCUUCAUCAUCCCACCGUCAUUCCACAUUGUGACAAGUAUUUGAUACCAGUUUAUACAUAUUUUUAAUUUGAAAUGUGUUUUCUCCAGUAAUAAAUCCAGAUCACAAAUAAAAAAGAAGAAAAAACAGCCGAUCUGCUAAAAUUGAUUUAUUUCAAUGUCUUUUUUGUAUCAAAGGUUUAAUUCUGCAUUGUCGCUGUAUUUUUGUAUUGUACACAAUUAUUUUUUAUUUGUUUUUUUUUUUUACAUAUUUGAAUAUUGUAGGUUCAGCCUACUUCUACCUUUUUUGGCAUACUUCAUUAGAUCUCAGGGAACUUUGGUCUCCCUAUUUACAUUGGUUCAGUUCUGGAAUUCUUAAUGCUUUUAUCUCGCAUAUAUAUUUUUGUUUAAAAUAAAUAAACACUUUUACUGUAUUGAAAUAUUAAACAUGUGGUAAUCUCACUCAUUAUAAAAAUCAA